GGCGGGGUUGUAGCGAAGUCUGUUCAGAGGUAGAAACAAACCCACGCUGUCAAGCCCGGAACAGAGAGAGUGGUGGACCCGGAACAGACUAAUAUCUGAGACAAUUAUGCACGGAGUCUAGAUACAGGAGUGACUGAGUCCUUCAAGUUUAUGACAAACAGUUUUAUAACUUAUGAAAAUACAGUGCUACAAUAAUUUUGAAUGUAAAUAUUCGUUUGUUACAGAGGUGAAUUGCAAAACUUCCCAAACUCAAAGAUCUAUCGAAAUUCAAAAGGACAUUUCCAAGGAAACAUGAAGGAAUUAUCAUAUUUCUGCCAGAGGAUGAUUCGGUUUGCUCUUCUUCUAACAACAGUCUCAGCUACCAAGAUGAACGUACCACGACUCAGACUUUCAUACAAAGACCUUGUAGCCACCAACCGGUCCUCUAUCUUCAGUGGUCACCACGGUCAGCUUUCCCUGAGCGCUGUGUUUCUGGACGAGUACCAUGACCGCCUGUUCCUGGGGGGCAAAGACGUCCUCUACUCCCUGAGACUGGACCAUACCAACCUGGACUCCAAAGAGAUCUACUGGCCUCCGUUGCCUGGUAACAAAGAUGACUGUGUCCAGAGAGGGAAGGAUUCUCAGACGGAGUGUGCCAACUUUGUGCGCCUGCUGCAGCCCUAUAACCGCACCCACCUGCUGGCCUGUGGUACGGGUGCAUUCCAACCCAUGUGUACCUAUGUGUACGUGGGCUACCGUGGAGAGCAUGUUUUCACCAUGGACCCUACCAAAAUGGAGAGCGGACGGGGGAAGGUUCCUCACGACCCCAGCCUCCCCUUCGCUAGCACCUUAAUUGGUGGGGAGCUGUACACAGGGCUGACUGCAGACUUCCUGGGUAGAGACUCAGUGAUAUUCCGUAGUCUGGGAGGUCGCUCCACCAUGAGGACUGAGACGGACCAGAGACUGCUGCAUGAUCCUAAGUUUGUUGCGGCCCACCUCAUCCCUGAUAAUGAUGACCGUGACAAUGACAAGGUGUACUUCUUCUUCACGGAGAAGGCCUUGGAGGCCGGGGACAGAGAGGGGGCCAUCCACACCCGUGUAGGACGUGUGUGUGCGGUAAGAGAAAUAUACAUACAGUUACACCUAACGUAUCCCACAGGAAAACCCUGUGUUAGUUCAGUGAAGCUAACAGGUUACGUGAAGCCAAGUGACACUGGUGGCUUCUAUGCUCGCUUCGACGCAAAGGAUGUUUUUCUGCUUAGAGGCAAGGAUGAGAAGAACCCAGAUGUUUAUGCUAUCUUCAGCACCAUCAGUAACGUGUUCCAAGGCUUUGCAGUUUGUGUGUACCGUAUGGCAGACAUCAGAGAAGCCUUCAACGGGCCGUUUGCACACAAGGAGGGACCUGACUACCAGUGGGGGGCUUACGAGGGCAGAGUGCCCUAUCCAAGACCUGGCGUGUGCCCUAGUAAGAUCACCAACCAGCCUGGCAGACAGUUUGGCAGUACCAAGGACUUCCCAGACGCAGUGCUCCAGUUUGCCCGAGGGCACCCCCUGAUGUGGCGACUGGUGUACCCGGCCAUGAAGCAGCCUCUGCUGGUCAAGGCCAACUUGCCCUACCGCCUCAAACAGAUCGUGGUGGACCGUGUAGAGGCAGAGGRUGGACAGUAUGACGUCAUGUUCAUAGGCACAGACAUAGGCACUGUGCUGAAGGUCAUUGCAUUGCGCAGCGGCAACACUUUGGACACAGAAGAGGUCACUCUGGAGGAGCUGCAGGUCUUUAAGGUGCCAACUCCCAUUACCUCUUUGGAGAUCUCAGUAAAAAGGCAAGCACUGUACGUGGGUUCUCCGGUGGGUGUGGCCCAGCUGAGGCUUCACAGGUGUGAGACAUAUGGGAAGGCCUGUGCUGAGUGCUGCCUGGCCAGAGACCCCUACUGUGCCUGGGACGGCACCUCCUGCACUCGCUACACCUCGCUCAGCAGACGCCGCUAUCGCCGUCAGGACAUCAGGCACGGCAACCCGGCCCUGCAGUGUAUGGACCAGAACCUCAGUGUGGAGGAGCUGGACGUAACAGAAGACAGAGUUGUAUACGGGACAGAGAACAACAGCACCUUCCUGGAGUGUAUCCCCCGCUCCCCCCAGGCCACUGUUACAUGGCUGCUCCAACGAGACGACCGCAAAGAAGAGGUGAAGCUGGAUGACCGAGUGAUGCGUUUGGAGCAGGGCCUGCUCUUCCGCCGUGUUUUCCGUCAGGAUGAGGGUGUAUAUGUGUGUCUCUCCCGUGAGCACGGCUUCACCCAGACCCUCACCCACCUCUCCCUGGAGGUCCUGCAGGGGAACACACUGAGUGAGCUGCUGGCCCGUGACGACACCCCCUUCGAAGGUCCCCUCGGGGUGAAGGGGUACCGGUCCUGGCCUCCCUGCCAUGCUUACAGGAGCACCAACCCCCUCAGCCACCCGCGCCCCUGGUUCAAGGACAUCAUGCAGCUGAUCGGCCCGUCCAACCUGCCGCACGUGGAGGAGUACUGUGAGAGGAUGUGGUGCAACGACAAGCUGCGGCGUAAACACAAGAGCAUGCUAGACAAGUACCGGCAGGCACAGGAUAGUGCGCGCAAGACCCGCAAUAAGGGCUCCGGGGAACGCAACCGGACGCCGCGGGACGUCAGUAACCGACAGCCGUAGAGGGGAGGGGGAAACAGAUGGAGGGAGGAAAAAGAGAAGGACUGAGAGAAGGACUACAUGACAUGAUGAAUGAGAGAAGGAAGAGGUGGUAGUGAUAUGUAUUGUAGGAAGAUAUACUGCCAACAGGCUGUAGUGUUAAGGGUUGAGACUGAUGUGGAGGCAGAAGGGAGGAGGAGAAAGAGAGAGACAGGGACUCAUGGCACUCAUCAACUCUCAUUUGCUUCAUGAAAAACCCUCAACUGUUUUCACCAGGGGACCCCUUCUCCUCUCCACGCACUCUUGCAACGUCAGUGUCUCUGUAUGACUAUGGAUUGACUGUAACAUGCUGCAAAUAGUGUGUGUGUUGGACUGCUACAGCUGAUCACCUUCAACCCAACAUUGCACUCAUUUCUCUUAGGUCAUUGAGCCCAUUCCAUGUUACCCAUUCUGUGACUGCUUCUGUGUUCUUCGCUCUGUACCACUUAAAACUGCAUUUCCGGA